AUGACAGAAGCCGUCCCCGCACCCGUCUCCGCCGGCUCUUCAGCUCCUCCUGCUAAGUGGGGCACCGAAUACCAGCAGGAGGAGGAAGCUAUGUGGCACGGUACCGUUUUGCAAAUGCCGCCGGCCCCGUCAUCGUCGCAAUCCGGCCUGGUUCUGGGCGUCGGCUGUGACCAGCUGAUGGCAGUGCCGCCAGUCUGCUCGGGAGGAGCCUCUUCCAAAAAGUCUCCGGCCGUCGAUUGGGAGAAGCAGCCCGAGGCGGUGGCCCCCUCGCCCACCUCCCUCAAGUGGCUGCCGCCCUUUUUCAUUGUCCUCGUUUCAAUCUUGGAGAUUGCAGUUUUUGUGUGCGUCUCUGCUGAUCCUCCCGAGGAUUCCCUGCUCGUCUACCGUCCCGACCAGCGCCUCCAGCUGUGGCGCUUUCUCAGCUAUGCCCUGCUCCACGCCAGCUGGCUGCAUUUGGCCUUCAAUGUGCUCACCCAGCUGCUCUUCGGGCUGCCCCUGGAAUCCGUGCAUGGAUCGAUGCGAACAGGAGUCAUCUACGUGGCUGGAGUUCUGGCUGGAUCCCUGGGCACUUCAGUGGUGGAUUCAGAGGUGUACCUGGUAGGGGCCAGUGGUGGGGUGUACGCUCUCCUAGCUGCCCAGUUGGCCAGUCUACUCCUCAAUUUCGGACAUAUGCGAAACGGAGUGGUCCAGCUCAUGGCUGUGAUUGUGUUUGUCUUCUGCGAUCUGGGCUAUGCCUUGUACUCCCGGGAGCCGAAGCCUUUGAGGCUCGCACAGCCGGCGCGCCCCUCAGUCUCCUACAUUGCCCACAUGACUGGGGCUCUGGCCGGGAUCAGUGUGGGUCUGCUGCUUCUCCGGCAGCUGGAUGGUGGCCUGCGGCCCCGACCCCUUCGCUGGCUGGCCCUGGGCGUUUGGUGCCUGUUCAGCACCUUUGGCAUAGCCUUCAACCUGGUCAACACGGUAACAGCUCAGCUCCUAGCCGAGGAGGAGGGUCAGGUCAUUCGACAGCAUCUGAUGCACGACCUCGGAAUGGGAUGAUCUACGACGUUCGAGUCCAAAGACUGUGUCCUGCUCCACAUAUCAUUCUCCUAUUGCUUUAGUCUAGUCACUAGCCAGUAAGUAAGACUUUCGCCCAGGACGGAGUGCUCAAAAGGUAUCAAGUAUCCGUCGGAUACCCUGGGAUCGCUCAAAGAAUACUCGUAGCUCGUAAGCUCCAACAACAUUUAUCUUAUGCCAAUGCCAAAGGAGUGUACUGAAGUUUGCUCAAAGGCCUUUCAAGAACUGAGCCUGUCUCACAUCAAAGACUUAGAAUCGGGUUUGGCUAGCUAUCAGGGGGCCGGGACUUCUCUAGCUCCAAGUCCAGCUCCAUCGAGUUGCCUACUUAGUUUUAAUGCCAAACCAGAGCUUA